GGAGGGUUCGCCACCUGGAGAGGGUCCUGCGAGGGGUUGUCCCAACUGCAGGACAUCAUCCGGCGCCGCACCGACGCUCUCGCUGAGGAGGAUGAGAUUCGCAAUGUUCCGAAGUCGCAGUCGGCCUACACACUCAGGCAGCUGCCGGCGCAGCCAGUCACUGCGGCACCUACCGCUCCGUUCAGACGAAGCGAGCCCCUGGACUUCUCCAACGACAUUCCUAGACGAUCCUCCACGAGAAACAGCGGUUCGACCUACGACCUCAGUUCCGGUGACAUCUCUCGACGAGGGUCCAGAACCUCCUUGCACAAUAUCGACAACGAUGACCACAUCUACGACAUCCCCCGUCGUCCGGUGUCCAGACCAACGACUUUGGAAACUUCCAGACACUCUUCUCCGGCGAGACCCACAAGCCUCCCGACAUCCGUCUCCAUCGAGCAGACCUACUCCAAGAGACCUUCAUCAACACCUAACUGUGACAUAUGGAUUCCGCCGGAAAACAUCGUUCUUCGUAAGCCUGUGGCCGAGCGCCCUUCCACCGUAUACCAAGACCCCUCUAGACUCAGGUCGGAAGCUCCUCCCCUCAGUAGAUCGUAUAAUUCGAACUAUACUUCCGUCGGGAUGUCGAGGUCGACUUCUCAGCCGGGGACCUCCAGUGCCGCUUUAGAAUACAACAAUAUAAUCUCGAAUUUCCCGUUUUAUACUCCACCCGCCCCUCUACCUUCGCAUCCGGGGACAAGAGCAGUUCGCCCUUAUGGUCUUGUCUCGUCAGCGACUGUGCCGUCCGGGCUGGGAAGCUCCCUGAGCCACCAGCCCCAGAUAGUCUCGACCCCCGUAGUCCACUCGUCUAGAGAGAUGAGUUGGAACCCCCCGUCGUCCUCGGCCAAGCGGCCACAUAGCAUAGCGACCUCCACGCCGGAGUACGACUACCUCAGGUCCUCGUCAUACAAUCCACAAGGGUCGUUCAGGCGACACAACAUCCCCACGUCUCACACGGUCCCUGUCACAACAUCAGCUGCGUUGAGUCCCUCAGACUCUGGCUACCGGUCACUGCCGUCCUCCUCUAGUGACUACCAGCUGUACAAGAACGCUCCGACCUCCGCUCCGCCAGCUCACUCGACGAGCUCUCUCCCUCUGCCCAACCGGAGACUCUCGCUGCCGACGUCGUCUCAGAACCACAUCAGGGCCUCCACCCCCCGGCCCAGUCCGACGUUCCACGGACAGCCGUUCCGUCCGACCAGCCUGAACGGAUACCCGGCGACCAACGCCGCUCGCCAAGCUCUACAGAUUCUCUUCAACCAGAACAGGAACGGGUUCGUGCUCGGAGAUGAUAAAGUCGCCCUUCUGUUCGACAUUCUGGACACUCAGGAGCGCUUCGCCAAGGACCUGCAGAGCGAGAUAGAAGGACACAAGGAUGUGUACGCGGCGCUCAACGGCAGCGGCAGGAAGCUGCUCAGCUCCUUACCUUCCAAGGACGACGCCGUCAUGCUGCAGCGUCGCCUGGACGAGAUGAACCAGAGAUGGCACCACCUCAAGGCCAAGAGCAUGGCGAUCAGGAACCGUCUGGAGAGCAACGCCGAGCACUGGACGGCGCUGCUGCUGUCGCUGCGUGAGUUGUUUGAGUGGGUUAUCCGCAAAGACACUGAGCUGACCGGCCUGGGACCCAUCGGUGGUGACGUGGCCUCCCUGCAGAAACAACUGGAUGACCACCGAGCUUUCCGUCGUCAGUUGGAGGACAAGAGGCCGGUUGUGGAGAGUAACCUGCUCAGUGGUCGACAAUACAUCGCCAAUGAACCUCCCCUGUCUGACACUAGUGAUACUGAAGCUGGUCGAGAUGUGGACGGAGACUCCCGCGGGUAUCGCACGGCGGAGGAACAAGCGCGGGAACUCACCAGGUGUAUCCGUCGAGAAGUGUCCAAGUUGUCGGAGAAGUGGAACGCACUCAUCGAGCGAUCCGACCAAUGGCAGAGGAAACUGGACGAUAGUUUAGCGAAGAUGCGAGUAUUCCAGAAGAACAUGGACGAUGCGUCAGUCCGUCUCUCGUCUAUAGAGAACACCCGGAGUGGAUGGAUCAACCCUACAGAGAUCUCUCAAGUACCUGAACUGCUCGAGGACCUGCAGAAACUAGGAGAGCGGAUGGGUCCACUGCAGCGUACGCUGGACGAAGUGAACGACCAAGCAGCCAUGUUCAACUCAAACAACGUCCUGGUGUCGCCUGCCAACCUGAACAAGCUGCAGGACCUCAACACCAGAUGGAAGCUGCUGCAAGUGGGCGUUGACGAGAGGUACAAACAGCUGAGAGACUUGGGUAAAGACGGCUCUCCUCCCAACCAGAACUUCCUCUCCGCCUCCGUAGACCAUCCCUGGGAGCGGGCCAUCACCCAGAACAGAGUGCCUUACUACAUCAAUCACCAGCUAGAGACAACUCACUGGGACCAUCCCAAGAUGAUGGACUUGAUGAACUCUCUCACCGAAUUCAACGAAGUUAGAUUUUCUGCUUACAGGACAGCAAUGAAACUUCGCACAGUCCAAAAGCGAAUGUGCCUUGAUCUGCUGACCCUGAACCGUGCUAUCGAGACGUUUGACAGCCACGGACUGCGAGCACAGAACGACAAGCUGCUCGAUGUCACGGACAUGGUCACCGUGCUCGCUAGCGUCUACGAACUGCUUGCUGCGGAGAACCCGUCACUCGUCAACGUGCCUCUCUGUCUCGACUUGGCUGUCAACUGGCUGCUCAAUGUCUACGACAGCCAACGUACGGGACAAGUUCGAGUGUUGUCCUUCAAAGUGGGCCUGGUGCUGCUCUGUAAAGGUCACUUGGAGGAGAAAUACAGAUAUCUGUUCCGACUGAUUGCUGACCCCAACCGACUCGUGGAUCAGCGCAAGCUCGGUCUGCUGCUGCACGACUGUAUACAAGUUCCUCGUCAGCUGGGAGAGGUUGCGGCCUUCGGUGGCUCCAACAUUGAACCAUCUGUGAGAUCUUGCUUUGAGAAGGCUGGGAAAGACAGUAACACAAUUGAGGCUGUGCAUUUCCUCAACUGGCUGCAGCAAGAGCCGCAGAGCAUGGUCUGGCUGCCUGUGCUGCAUAGACUGUCCGCAGCAGAGACUGCCAAACACCAGGCCAAGUGCAACAUCUGCAAGGAAUAUCCCAUUGUCGGAUUCAGGUAUCGUUGCUUGAAGUGUUUCAACUUUGACAUGUGUCAAAACUGUUUCUUCUCUGGACGAAAAGCAAAGAACCACAAGUUGACACAUCCCAUGCAGGAGUAUUGCACUGCUACAACAUCAGGGGAAGAUGUGAGGGACUUCACUCGAGCGUUACGCAACAAGUUCAAGUCAAAGCGAUACUUCAAGAAGCACCCUCGUAUGGGCUACCUGCCUGUGCAGACAGUGUUGGAGGGAGACGCUCUAGAGAGCCCGGCACCGUCUCCGCAGCACUCCACACUCGCCCCCGACAUGCACUCUCGCCUGGAGAUGUACGCCUCUCGUCUGGCCGAGGUCGAACUCAGAACUCGCACAAACUCAACUCCUGACUCGGAAGACGAGCACCAGCUGAUAGCGCAGUAUUGCCAGUCACUCAACGGAGGUGAUGGUGUUACUGUGCCCCGCAGUCCCGUACAAGUUAUGGUGGCCAUAGACCAGGAACAGAGAGAAGAACUUGAGGCAAUGAUCAGAGAGUUGGAGGAGGAGAACGCCAACCUGCAAGCGGAGUACGAGCGACUCCGCAGCUCCAGCAAGGCGACUCCGGAGUCGACACCAGAGGAGCUGCGAGGCGGAGACGCCCCAGACAUGGCGACGGAGGCGAGACUGCUGAGGCAACACAAGGGGCGACUAGAGGCUCGCAUGCAGAUCCUGGAGGACCACAACAGACAACUGGAGGCUCAACUGCAGAGACUAAGACAGCUGUUGGAUGAGCCGAACGCCAGUGGAUCGCCAAUCAAGACUGGUACGCUGCAGACUCGGUCCGUCACGGCGUCUCAGUUAGCCACAGACUCACCGGCCAAAAUGAACGGACAUUACACGGAUCAUCCAGGAGGGCGAGGGUGGAGUGAGAGAGGCAGUCUAGAUCGGCCGCCACCGCCACCUGUCAGUGCGUCUCACAACAACCUAGGCCAUCUACAUCACAUGGCAGGAGACCUCGGUAAAGCUGUGUCGGAGUUAGUGACGGUGAUGACGGACGAUGACCGAGCGUCUGCGAGCGAUUCCAGCAGCCAAUGAGAUCGCACAACAUGCCUCGACCGACCAAUCGCUUCCUUGCAUCUUACACAUUUCAUUCUACAUAUCUGUCAAUAACGCUCGUCAUAUCCUCGAUAAGUUUUAAUUAAUAUUUACAUUGUAAAUGACAUAAUAUAUUGUUCGAUAUUGUUAGCCAAUUUGUAAGUUAGUGACGACCUACGUAUAGAGUUAAGGGGUUAUUUACAGCUUUUGAUGAUACGAUUAAUAAAAAAAUGUUGCACAAAUUUUAG